ACAUCCCGUGCAUUAUAAGGUUGUGUCUCACUUGAACUCAGAGGCACUUUGCCUUGAACUGUGGAGAGAGCAAAGAUGGGGAAAAAGCAUUUCUCAGGUUUGGAGGUGAUCCUCAUGGUCAUGUUCAUACUGAUGUCUGUGGCGGCCAUCACUCUUAUCGUUCUGUUUGCCAUCGGAGAACCUGGGAAAAAUGAAACCACGACGGAACCAUUCGUUCCUCAGUGUCCACAUAUUUCCCAGGCUGAAAGAGUGGACUGUUUCCCUGAUGCAGGAGCCUCAAAGCUGAAAUGUGAACAACGUGGAUGUUGCUGGGCCCCCCUGGAUGACAUAAAUGUUCCCUGGUGUUUCUUCCCAACCAACCACGGAUACACAGCAGAAUCAGUGGAGCAGCCGAAUCCUUUUGUGAUGAAAGCCCAGCUGAAGAGAAUGGACUCUCCUUCUUUGUUUGGGGAUGAUAUACAAGAGCUGUCAUUUCACGCUGAAAUGCAGUCAAACAAUCGACUCAGAUUUAAGAUCUAUGAUGCCCACAAGCAGAGGUUCGAGGUCCCGCAUGAGCACGUCAGCAGCCUCAGGAGUGAGCCAUCCAGCCCAGUCCACCACACGUUGGAGCUCUCACAGAAACCCUUUGGCCUCACUGUGCGAAGGAAGGAGAACAAUAAAGUGCUGUUUGACACUACGAUGGCUCCUCUGGUGUUUGCAGACCAGUACCUACAACUGUCUGCUAAGCUUCCAUCCCAUAAUAUUUACGGCCUGGGAGAGCAUGUGCACCAAAAGUAUCGCCAUGACACAAACUGGAAAACCUGGCCCAUCUUCAGUAGAGACGCUUUCCCUAAUGGGGGAACACAUAACCUCUAUGGACACUAUCCUUUUUUCCUCUGUCUGGAAGAUGAGAGCGGAAAGUCAUUCGGGGUCUUCCUUAUGAACAGCAAUGCUAUGGAGGUGACCUUGCAGCCCACUCCAGCUGUGACCUACAGGACGAUUGGAGGAAUCCUUGACUUUUACAUUCUCUUUGGGGACACACCAGAACAAGUGGUGCAGGAGUUCCUUGAGCUCAUCGGCAGGCCCGUCAUUCCUCCCUACUGGUCACUGGGUUUCCAGCUUUCUCGGUGGGACUACGGCAGCCUGAGUGAGGUCAAGAAAACUGUGGAGAGGAACCGCGCCGUGAGCCUCCCAUAUGACAUUCAGUACACUGACAUAGACUACAUGGAGGAUAAGAAAGAUUUCACCUACGACAAAGUCAAGUUCAGUGAGCUACCUCAGUUUGCUGACUACCUCCAUCAGAAGGGGCAGAGAUACAUCCUCAUCCUGGAUCCUGCGGUUGCUACCAGUAAGCUAGCAGGGAAUGCUCCAUACGGCUCCUAUGACCGUGGGACAGAGAAGAACGCUUGGGUAACUGAAUCAGAUGGGAAAACUCCUAUGCUUGGUGAGGUGUGGCCAGGAGAGACAGUGUUCCCAGACUACACCAGCCAAAACUGCAUAGACUGGUGGGUUGAUGAGUACGAGCGAUUCUCCAGGGAGAUCAAACACGAUGCCCUCUGGAUUGACAUGAAUGAGGUGGCCAAUUUCAAGAAAGGAUCGACCAAGGGCUGUGCCGAUAACAAACUCAACUAUCCUCCCUACACUCCAAGGAUUCUGGAUGAGGUGAUGUACAGUAAGACUCUGUGUAUGGAUGCCAAACAGGCCUGGGGGAACCACUAUGAUGUCCACAGUCUGUAUGGCUACUCUAUGGUGCUGGCGACCGAGAAAGCUCUGCAGAGAGUGUUCGGGGGAAACCGUACCCUGAUGUUGACCCGCUCCUCCUUCCCAGGUGUGGGAAAAUAUUCGGGUCACUGGCUGGGGGACAAUGCCGCCAACUGGAACGACAUAAAAUGGGCCAUCCCCGGCAUGCUCGAGUUCGGGCUCUUUGGUGUUCCCUAUAUUGGAGCCGACAUCUGCGGAUUCUUUGACAACUCCAGUGAAGAGUUGUGCCGUCGCUGGAUGCAGGUGGGAGCCUUCUAUCCCUUCAGUCGGAACCACAACGCUCAGGGCUAUAAGCCCCAGGAUCCAGCUGUGUUUGGCAAUGGUUCAGUGCUGGUGGAGAGCUCCAAACAUUACCUGAGGAUACGUUACACACUCCUGCCUUACCUCUACACGCUCUUCUACAAAGCCCACACCACAGGAGAGACUGUUGUACGUCCUGUCAUGCACGAGUUCUACUCUGACAGCGCCACCUGGACCGUGGACCGGCAGUUCCUCUGGGGAAAACACCUGCUCAUCACACCUGUACUGGACCCGGGCGUGGACAAGGUGCGGGCUUAUGUACCAGAUGCUGUGUGGUACGACUAUGAGACGAUGGAACGAUUGGCAGACCGUAAAAUGCAAGUCGAUAUGUAUCUGCCAGGUGACAAGCUUGGUUUACACAUCAGAGGUGGUGCGGUCCUCCCCACACAGGAACCUGCUGUCACCACCACAGACAGUCGGCGAAACCCCAUGGGCUUGAUCGUUGCUCUUGAUGACAACAACAAGGCAGCUGGGGAGCUAUUCUGGGAUGAUGGAGAUUCCCGAGAAACAGUCAAAACAGGAAACCACAUCCACUACACGUUCUCCGUUGACUACGGAGUUUUGACAAUGAAGGUGACCAAGGCUGGCUACAAGGACCCAAACAACCUUAAGUUCGAGAAUAUUACUGUCCUUGGGGUGCCUACUCCUCCUUUGAACGUCACUGUGACUCUCAUUGGCACUGGAUCACGUGGCCGAUCUACCAGGGUGUUGCCCAACACCAACAUACAGUACGAUGGUGUCAAGAAGGUUCUGUUCCUGACCGGCCUCUCCCUGACCCUGGGGGAGACCCACCUGGUGCAGUGGGAACUGGAAACAGUGGAGACCCCGCGCUUUGACUGCUAUCCAGAGGAGAAUGCAGAUGAGGCCAAGUGCAAGGACAGAGCCUGCAUCUGGGCGCCAAGCAGCAUUGCAGGUCUUCCAUGGUGCUUCUAUCCAAAAGACUUUGGUUACACUGUUGACAGAGUGGAAGAAACCAACUCGGGCAUGACACUUGGCAUCACUCGCAACAAGAAGUACGGGAGCAGCGGUCGCCCCCAGUCACCGGACGUAGACACUCUGCGUGUUGAGAUCCGUUACCACAGCAGUGACAUGCUGCAGUUCAAGAUCUGGGACCCAGCCAUGGAUCGUUAUGAGGUUCCAGUGCCGCUGUCGGUUCCUGCUGCUCCUGAGACUGAUGAGAGCAAGAGGCUUUACAAAGUCAUUGUAAUUGACAACCCAUUCAGCAUCCAGGUCAUAAGGAAAACUACUGGGACCAAGAUCUGGGACACGGGUCCAGGUUUUACUUUCUCAGACAUGUUCAUCCAGAUAUCUACCCUUCUGUCAUCGGAGUAUGUCUACGGCUUUGGAGAGACAGAGCAUCCCACCUAUAGGCACGACCUCAACUAUCAAACCUGGGGCAUGUUCUCCAAGGACCAACCUCCUGGCAACAAGAUGAACUGCUACGGGGUGCAUCCUUUCUAUAUGGGCCUGGAGACCACCGCCGAUGCUCACGGUGUGCUGCUGCUGAACAGCAAUGCCAUGGACGUGACUUUCCAGCCGACUCCAGCUCUGACCUACCGAACUGUGGGAGGCAUCCUGGACUUCUACAUGGUCCUGGGACCUACGCCUGAGAUGGUGGUGCAGGAGUACACUGCACUGAUUGGACGUCCUGUUCUACCUGCCUAUUGGUCUCUUGGGUUCCAACUCUGUCGCUAUGGUUACAGCAAUGACACGGAGAUAGCAGAUCUCUAUAGAGACAUGAGGGCGGCAGGUAUACCCUAUGAUGUGCAGUACGCAGACAUUGACUACAUGGAUCGUCAGCUCAACUUUGUCCUGGACCCAGAGUUUAAAAAUCUGCCCGCCCUGGUUGACAGCAUGAGAGGAGAAGGCAUGAGGUUCAUCUUCAUUCUGGAUCCAGCCAUCUCAGGCAACGAGACACGUUAUUAUCCUGCCUUUGAGAGAGGUUUACAAGCGGAUGUCUUCAUCAAAUGGCCCAAAAACAUCAGUGGUGAUAUCGUGUGGGGGAAGGUCUGGCCAGAUUACCCUAAUGUCACUGUUGAUGAAUCUCUGGACUGGGAUACACAAGUACAGCGCUACAGGUCAUACACAGCAUUCCCCGACUUCUUCCGCAAAGCAACGGCAACAUGGUGGCGUCAGGAAAUCAAGGAUUUCUAUGAGGGCACUAUGAAGUUUGACGGCAUCUGGAUUGACAUGAAUGAACCUUCCAGUUUUGUCCAUGGAACAGCUGAAGGGAAGUGUCUCGGUAAUCCACUUCUAGAGAACCCCCCGUAUAUGCCACCCUUGGAGUCUAAACAUCUUGGCUUGAACCAUAAGACUAUUUGCAUGAACAGCGAGCAGAUUCUCAGUGAUGGGAAGAAGGUCAGACACUACGAUGUCCACAGCCUGUAUGGCUGGUCCCACACCAAGCCUACCUAUGAUGCCCUGCUGAAUGUGACAGGCAAAAGAGGCAUAGUGGUGACGAGGUCCACUUACCCCUCCAGUGGAAAAUGGGCUGGACAUUGGCUGGGAGACAAUUCUGCCAGCUGGGACCAGCUGUACAAAUCCAUUAUAGGCAUGAUGGAGUUCAGUCUGUUCGGCAUCCCUUAUACUGGGGCAGACAUAUGUGGCUUCUUCAAUGCAGCUGACUAUGAAAUGUGUCUCCGCUGGAUGCAGCUGGGGGCCUUCUAUCCAUAUUCACGCAACCACAAUGGCAAAGGAAACUGGAGACAAGACCCUGUUGCCUGGAACUCCACCUUUGCUGAGGCGUCCCGGGACGUCCUGAACAUCCGUUACACCCUCCUGCCCUACCUGUACACACUGAUGUACGAGGCUCAUACCAAAGGAAGUACAGUAAUCAGACCUCUCCUGCAUGAGUUUGUGAACGAUAGAGCUACAUGGGACAUCCACAAGCAGUUCCUCUGGGGACCUGCUCUGCUGAUCACCCCUGUACUCGACCAGGGAGCCAGGAGCGUGGAUGGCUAUGUUCCCGACGCACGCUGGUAUGACUUCCACUCGGCUAAAUAUGUUGGAGUGCGCGGCAAGAGGGUUCCUAUGAACACGCCCAUGGACCGCAUUAACCUUCAUAUCAGAGGAGGCUAUGUCAUACCCUGGCAGAAAGCAGAGAACAACACAUUUUACAGUCGGAAGAAUCCUCUUGGACUGAUAGUUGCCCUGAGCGACAACGGAACUGCUCAAGGAUCGUUCUUCUGGGAUGAUGGAGAAGGAAUAGACACGGUUGAGAGAGGACAAUAUCUGCUGACCUCCUUCGCAGCGGAAUCGAGCAAGUUGACGAGUGAGGUCGUCCACAAUAACACGGCCCCUGCUGAGCAGUUGAUCCUGGGCGUGGUGAAGGUUUGGGGCGCCGGCAGCGUCAAGAUCGCAUCAACCAACUUAACAGACGCAGGCGGAACACAGCAUCAGCUGACCCCCCAGCACAACCUCGACUCUCAGGAGCUGAUUAUAGAUGUCACUUCCAAGGCCAUUCCUGUGGACCAGCCUUUCACCAUAACGUGGUCGACCAGCAUCUGAUCAACAGCCCAGUCCCUUAGUUUCACUAGGAAACUAUUAAUAUAUCUGUGAAUAGUGAUAGUUAUAUUGUAAAGAAAUGCAAUGUCUCCGGAAUGUGAAUGAUCCUAAAUGGGCUCCUUGAUUUAAUGAUGAAACUGUUGUUUUUUUCUUCUUCUUUUUUACAUAACUGUGUCUUUAAACAUGAAAUAACAUCACACUGGUUUUAACACAGGUACAUAACAUUUUUUAAAUUCACAAAAUAUACCUUCAACAUCAUCAGUGCAAAACCUCAAAUGAAUAAAGUGCUUGAUAUCGAAAAGAAUAAAACGUUAUUCUUGUUGUCUUU